ACUCGAGGCUCGCUCGCGCCCUUUUCCCUUCAGCUCUGCGAACUGCGUGGGAGGCGCCCGCCUCGCGCCACUCGGAGGCUGCGCGCGACGCCUCCUCCUGCUCAGCGCGGGAUGCGCGUUCAGCUCCUCUCAGCUCCGAGAGCCUCGCGUCUUCCUCUCCUCGCGACCAAGAGGAGGCGUGUGUGCGCGUGCAUGGGGAGUGCAUGUGAGGGAGCGUGAGCGCGCGCGCGCGCGUGUGCGUGUGUGUGAGUGUGUGUGUGUGUGUGUGUGUUUGUGCUCGCGCGGAUGCUCGGAUCGGCUCGCCUCGAGCCUCGGAGGGAGUCUGCUCGCGCGCCCUGAGGAGGACGGAGAGGAGUCCAUGGUUCACAAGUGAAGCGCAAAGCCGGUUCAGGAAGGAUUCCAUACAUACGUGAUCGGAUGUGAGUCGACUUUGACCCGUCGGAACCCGAAGAUGAAGUUGCUAUGGAAACUGCUGGUGCUGCAGUCAUUCAUGGGGUGCCUCGCAGUGGACGACGUCCCGCAGGGUCCUGUGUUCACCAAGCAGCCGGGCAGCAUUGUUUUCCCAGUGGACUCCAUGGAGAAGAGCCGAGAAGUAGUGUUCAGCUGUGAAGCACAAGGGCAGCCCCCACCUUUUUACAGGUGGAAGCUCAACGGCACCAUCAUCAGCCCUAAGCCGAGCUCACACUACAGCCUCUCCGGGGGAAACCUUCGCAUCAGCCGUCUGAAUAAAGACCAGGACUCCGGGACUUACCAGUGCCUCGCCUCCAACUCCUUCGGCACCAUCGUGAGCCGUGAGGCCAGCCUAACCUUCGCAUACUUGGAAAACUUCAAGACUCACCGGAGAAGCGCGGUGUCUGUGAGGGAAGGCCAGGGGGUGGUGCUUCUGUGUGGUCCGCCCCCUCAUUCAGGAGCAUUGACGUUCAGCUGGAUUUUUAACGAGUACCCGUCGUUCGUGAAGCAGGACGUGCGCAGGUUCGUGUCUCAGGAGACGGGGAACCUCUACAUUGCCAAGGUGGAGCCGUCUGACGUGGGCAACUACACAUGCGUCGUGACCAACACAGUCACGAAAACCCGCGUCCACGGCCCGCCCACUCCGCUCAUACUGCGCACUGACGGUGUGAUGGGGGAAUAUGAGCCAAAGAUUGAAGUGCAGUUUCCAGAGGUGGUCCAGGUGGCGAAAGGGUCGACGGUGAAACUGGAGUGCUUUGCUUUGGGCAACCCGGCUCCUUCCAUAACCUGGCGGCGGGUGGACGGCGUGCCCUUCGCUCGUAAGGUGGACAUGAGGAAGGCCAGCGGCGUCCUGGAGAUCCCGUAUUUCCAGCAGGAGGACGCGGGCACGUACGAGUGCAUCGCUGAAAACUCGAAAGGACGGAACUCUGUGCAGGGAAAGCUCUCUUUCUACGCUCCUCCGCAGCUGAUUGAAAAGCCACAGGACAUGCAGAAGGCCAUCGACGACGCUCUGGUGUGGGAGUGCACAGCCACAGGCAAACCCAAACCCUCCUACAGGUGGAUGAAAAAUGGAGAAAACCUGGAGCCCACAGAGGAGAGGGUGCAGGUGGUUAAUGGAGCCCUGUCCAUCAGCCACUUGGCGCUGGCCGAUGCUGGAAUAUACCAAUGUGUGGCCGGGAACAAAUACGGGGAGGUGUACUCCAACGCGGAGCUCAGAGUGAUCGCCGUGGCUCCAGAUUUCGGGGUGAACCUGCUGAAGCCUCACACUCUGGUGAAGGAAGGCGGUGAUGUGCUGAUCGAAUGCAGGCCCAAGAUGUCUCCCUGGGGAUUGAUCUCCUGGAGGAAAGGAAACGAGGCUCUCCGAGAGAGCGGCAGGAUCACUGUUCUGGACAGUGGGAGUCUGAGGAUCUCCAAUGCCAGUAAAUCAGAUGGCGGCGUCUACACUUGUAUGGCGCAAAACCAGUUUGGUGUAGCGAGUAGCUCCGGGACGCUCAUGGUGAAAGCCGCGACAGUCAUCACCACCGCUCCCUCCACGCUGGACGUGACGGUGGGAGAGAGCAUCGUGCUGCCCUGCCAGGUGACCCAUGACCCCACGCUGGAGCUCAAGUUCACCUGGUUCUUCAACGAGCAGCUGAUCCAUUUCGGCAGCCACGGAGGAUACUUUGAGAAAGUUGGCGGACAUUCUUCUGGUGACAUCAUGAUCCGGAACAUUCAGAUGAGGCACGCUGGGAAGUACACGUGUGCCGUGCAGACCAAAGUGGACAGCAGUUCCAUCGCCACAGACCUGAUCGUCAGAGGUCCCCCAGGCCCCCCUACCAGCAUCCAUGUGGAAGAACUCACGGACACCACAGCCACUCUCUCCUGGAAGCCUGGUCCUGAUAAUCACAGUCCAAUUACCGCCUACACCAUCCAGGCUAGAACCCCCUUCUCCCUCGGCUGGCAAGCUGUCACUACAGUGCCAGAGGAGGUGGGCGGCCGGCGUCUGACGGCUACGGUAAUCGAGCUCAGCCCCUGGGUAGAGUAUGAGUUCAGAGCGCUGGCAAGCAAUGCCCUGGGCACAGGUGAGCCCAGCAAACCAUCCAAACAAGUGAGGACAAAGGAAACACUCCCAAAGGUCACUCCAGCUAAUGUGAGCGGAGGAGGUGGAAGUCGAUCAGAGUUAGUCAUCACUUGGGAGCCUGUUCCUGAGGAGCUCCAGAACGGCCCAGGCUUCGGAUAUGUGGUGGCGUUCCGGCCUUAUGGUGCUACAGGGUGGAUGCAGGCCGCCGUGCCUUCGCCCGAUGCCUCCAAAUACGUCUUCAAGAACGAAAGCAUCCAGCCUUUCUCCAAAUUCCAGGUCAAGGUUGGCGUCUACAACAACAAGGGAGAAGGACCUUUUGGGCCUGUAGUCACCAUCUACUCUGCUGAGGAGGAGCCUGGCAGAGCACCUACGAGAGUCAGAGCCCAGAGCAUCUCAGCGUCGGAAGUGGAGGUCAUGUGGAAAGCCCUUCCGUGGAGCACGAGCAGGAGGCGUGUUCUCGGCUAUGAGUUGAGAUACUGGGAAAAGAAGGAGAAAGAGGACACUGCUAGCAUGCUGAGGACCGUUGGAAAUCGGACCACGGCCAUUAUUCAGGGGUUAAGAGGGAGCAGCACGUACUACGUAACAGUGAGGGCCUACAACACAGCCGGAACUGGGCCACCCAGCACAGCCAUCAAUGUGACCACCAAGAAGCCUCCUCCCAGCCAGCCUCCUGUCAAGGUCAUGUGGAACACGUCCAACUCCAAGAUCAUUCUGAAUUGGGAGCAAGUGAAAGCUCUGGAGAACGAAUCGGAGGUCACAGGAUAUAAGGUUUUGUACAAGCAGAACCAGCACAGUCGGCCCCGAGUCAUGGAGACCAACACCACCUCAGUGGAGCUGUCUCUGCCUCCAGACGAGGAGUACAUCAUACAGAUCAAGCCCUUCGGAGAGGGAGGAGAGGGCAGCAGCAGCAGACAAAUCACAAUCCCCAGAAUAACAGGUCCCAACGCAAUUGGAUCUGCCUCCAGCGUGUCCACUCUCUCCGCCCUCAGCACAAUAGCCCUGUCCCUCACAGCCCGGACGUCCUUAUGACAAAGCGCGGUCCAGGUGCCCCGGCUCUAGACGAGACGCUCUCUCGUUAAAAGAGGAGACUCUGAGAGAAGAGACUCGAACGGAUCAAUGAAACCACCACCUAAUCAAACCCGCUCAUAUUAUAGACGGAAAAGGUCAGGAGGACAGGUCCUGAUGAAAGAACAUACCGGAAUGAUAAAAGGGGGUUUGCGGCUCAGCUGGCUGUUCGGAACAGGAUGCCAGUUCGCUGGACUCGAAAUUGUUACCAAAGCAGAUAAUACAUUUACGAAAAAAGACAAAAAAAAAACAAACGAUAAUAUUAGAAUACGUCUUAUGCAUAUUUUGUAUGGCGUAACUAGCUUUUCAUCCUGUUUUUUGUGUUUGGGUUUGAUGCUAGCUGAUCAACUGGCCUUUGUUGUUCUGAUCCAGCUAGGGGCGUGUAGGACUUGUUGUAGAUGCAUGUCAUUUACAAUGUUUCGUAGGGGAAUGCAGGAAUCCCGAUCCUUCACCGUUUAAAAAAGCGAGAUGCAUUAGCCUUUAGCAGCGGCCGUUAAAAACAAAACCUAAAAAUAAUUUUAAAAAAAUGACGUUGAGAGUCUCCGGGACUUCUAAACGUUCACUCCGAGUGAACCCUUGCACUGAAUCAAUUUCUUUACGGGCGGAAAAGAUGAAGGAAACAUGUCGGAACGCUGAUCCGAUCCUGCUAUCUGUGAAAACUCUUGGCUAAGCAGACCUCGGCUCUACGUCCACGUGGCUCUAUCGUUUUCUCAUUCUCUGCUUCUCCGUCCCAUUCAUAGCGUGUCCAGAGCUGUUCUUCGCCUUGUGUGUGCCUCGUUCACGUGUUUUUAAGAUCCUCAGGUCCUCAAAAAAAGCCUUAACUUAUCACAUAUUUAUUAGCGCUAUCUCCGAGCGUGCUACGUAAUACAGCAAGUUGCGUAGAAGGUAGAAGGUAGAAGGCAGAAGGUAGAAGGGGCUUGAAUUUGGACGUUUGGGUUUCCAGUUUUUUGAGGGUUUUAGGCCGUCGUUCCGAGUCCAUCGCUUCUAUUUUUCCAUCCGCUCCCGUCCACAGCUUAAGGGCAAUACGGCGCGCUGAGUAGAGGGGCCAUGGACUGCAUUUAGAAACGAUAUAAUUAAUCUGCUGCUGACCUUUCUGUUCUCUUUUCUUCCAUUGCCAUGUGGGACUGGUACCUUAUAAUAGACAGCUCGUUAUCUAGUGAGGUGGAGGUUAGUCAGAUGUAGGCUACUUCAGAGGGGGGUUCUGAGUUCUGUGACUCUAAUAAAGAAAAAAAAAUGUAUAACAUGCUUCUUUUUUUGUAUACUUCAGAUAAUUUAUAUUUAACGGGAACACAAAAAAAACGACAAAAAAAAAAAAAAAACUUUCCUAGGAGCUGUUCUUGGUUUUUACCUGACGAAAAAGACAACUGUUUAAUAUCGUGGUUCAGUGUCGCUCUGCAUGUCGGUGUAUCUUCUCCAUCUCCGUUCAUUUGCUACUGACUGAAUGGCUUGUGAUCAUUGCAAGAGUGCAGAAAUACAGCUGUCCGUUUCCAGACGUUUGUGUAUAUGUGUCUGUCAUAGCCAUCGCUCUCUCUCUCUCUCUCUCUCUCUCUCUCUCUCUCUCUCGCUCUCACUCUCUCUCUCUCUAUAUAUAUAUAUCUCUGUCUCUCUGUAUCUCUCUCUGUCUCUCUAUCAGUCUGUCUUUCCCUUUACGGUGCUUUCCAACAAAGUACUCAACAUCAUCAAGAAGCCUGACCGUGAAACCAUAGAUUAUUUUGUUCUGAUGUUCUUCAUUUAUACCAGGUCAAAGAAUAAAGUUUUUAAAAACUA